CCCAUCACACAUCCUCGCCCAGCAUGCCCACUCUCCGACUAGGCUCCGUCGCACCCAACUUCCAGGCCGAGACAACCCACGGCACCAUUGACUUUCACCAGUGGCUGGGUGGUCAAUGGGCUAUCCUCUUCUCGCACCCGGAUGACUUUACUCCUGUCUGCACCACUGAGCUCGGAGAGGUGGCUAGGCUGAAGCCCGAGUUCGACAAGCGAGGUGUCAAGGUCAUCGGUCUCUCCGCCAACGACAUUGCCUCUCACGACCGUUGGAUCAAGGACAUCAACGAGCUUUCUGGCUCUCAAGUCCAGUUCCCCAUCAUCGGUGACAAGGACCGCAAGGUGGCAACCGAGUACGACAUGCUUGACGCUCUGGACGCAACGAACGUCGAUGCCAAGGGCAUGCCCUUCACCGUGCGAACCGUCUUCGUCAUUGACCCCAAGGGUAUCAUCCGCCUGAUGCUGUCGUACCCCGCCUCGACUGGUCGUCACUUCCAGGAGAUCCUGAGGGUGAUUGACUCGCUGCAGAUGGGUGACAAGCACCGCAUUACCACUCCUGUCAACUGGCAAAAGGGAGACAAGGUCAUCAUUCACCCCUCUGUGCAGGGAGAUGAUGUCAAACGUCUCUUCCCCGAUGCCGAGAUUGUCAAGCCUUACCUCCGCUUCACGAAGGCUCCUGCUGAGGCCUAGAGUGGUUCGCCCUAGGAAAUAGAGGCAUGAAAGAUGCAUCCUGCUGUACAUUGGACGUGUCUAGCUCACGUCGAGUCGUGUUAAUACAAUUGAUACACAUAAGCUGCUGG